AUGUGGCUACAGAAGAAGAAAUCAACGCCCCCCAAAGACUCCAACUUUCAUUGUUCAUCCUUCAAAGAUAUCCACCGCCUCUUCCCAUCCGCCGCCGCCGCCGAUUCCAAUCCUCCUCACCCACAACUACAUCAUCAUCAUCAUAAUUCCACCGCCUCCAUCUUCCACCGCGUCCGUCUCGCUCAAUCAAUCCUCCGUGCCUGGGCCCCGCGCCCUUCCCUUCCGCCGCCGCCGGAUUCCAACAAUGACAAAACAUCGGAACCCUUAAUAUCGCUUCCGGGAUCCGAGAAGCGGAUAAUCGUCUACUACACCAGCCUCCGUGUCGUCCGAACCACAUUCGAUGACUGUAAAGACGUCCUAUCCAUCCUCCGAGGUUUUCGCGUCUCAAUCGACGAACGCGAUCUUGCUAUGGAUUCGAAAUUCAUGGACGAGUUAAAGGGGAUUCUAAAGAGGAAAUCAUCGAUAUCGCUGCCUAGGAUAUUCAUUGAAGGAAGGUAUAUAGGCGGCGCCGAUGAGAUUCGGCAUCUAAAUGAAGCCGGCGAGCUUAAGAAAUGCUUGCAGGCGAUUCCUCCGGCGGUAGGCGGUGUUUGCGAGAGCUGCGGCGGUUUUAGAUUUAUCCUCUGCGACGAAUGUAGCGGAAGCCGCAAGAUAUUCUCCGAUAAAACCGGGUUUAGGAGCUGUACGGCGUGCAAUGAAAACGGCCUCAUGAGACACGCUAAGCUAAACGUGUACAUGCAUAUAGAUGAAUGA